AACAUUAGCAUUUAGCCAGUUAGCUAGAUACUAUUCGCUAGCUCGUGUAAUUCUAAAUGGGUUUAAUUGGCUUAGCUAGCUAUUUAUGUACUUAGGCAAACAUCACGUGACACAAGUGCUCGUUAUUUACCGACAGGGAACGUUACUUGAUACAAUUGAGCGUCGCAUGGUGUGCAUUUAGUUUGACCAAAUCAGUGACAACAACAACGACAUGCUGACGUUAAUUAUUGGUAACCAGGUUUAGUCACAUGCUUAAAGGCUAGUUGGAGAUGUAACGUUAGAUACCUUUUGUCUGGAAAGUGGACGAGAUCGGGUGACGAUCAAAAGGCUGCGUUUACGUCAGUUAAGACCGUUUCCACUCGCAUCCAAAGGUAUACAGGAAGUUGUUGGAAUAGUUGAAUACUGUUAGAGGCGAUUUGCAACUAGGCUACUUGUAGUUUUCAGACCACGUUUUGGUUGGUUUGUAAUUGCAUAUAUGUGGAAAUGUAUGCAUUGGAAUUUUAUUCUUUAUUCUUUUACCUUGUAAAGCACUUUGUAAUUUCUUCCUGAAAUGUGCUCUAUACAAAAUAUGUAUUGUUAUUAUCAACCACGUAAUAUAUGUUUGUCAACAGAUUAAACCUUCAUUGAGACAUGAGACUAAUAGCCUACAAUCAAUUAUUACAUCUACACCAAAAAUUAUGAUUUUCUAUAAAACGUGGUGUUUGUUGUCAAAAGAAAGCGCCAAUCAGCUCUUUGAUCAGGCGACAGCCAGGCAUUUCCCAUCAUUCCCAACGUCUUGCAGUCUGGAGAACAACUGCAGCGCCGGUGAUUGAUUCCGCACAGACCAGACUCAUCGCGAACAAGCCUAACAUUUCAGCUAAAGCGAAACAUAUCCAGUUGAACCACACAUGCUCUUCCUGGAUCGGUCAUAUUCUCCUGGAGAAAGCUAAUAUCUAUAUCUUUGAAUAGGAAAUUGCAGUACUCCAAGGAAAAAGCUAUUCAUGAUUUGUUUAUCUCUGUAUGUGAAUGUUUGGCAGGUCAUGUCCGCCCCCCUCACACCCAGGAGUGCUGUUUUCUCCUUGAGCUGGGCCGAGCGCGAUGCCUGACCGGGACAGCUCCUACCUGUCAGGUGGCGGUGGGAGUGGUGGUAGUCUGGGUGAGGAAAGAGGACCUGGGUCUGGAUUGGCAGGGAGCACGGCGGAGGGCAGAGGUGCUUCAGGAGGAAGUCUCGGAGGCAACGUCUCUGGCAUGGGAGGAGGAGGGGCGCUCGGAAAUGGCAACAGCUGUGGGAACAGCGGAGGUGGGGGUCAAGAUGCAGGAUUGGCAGUGGGCGGUGUCUGCAGGGACUUCAUACGCAAUGUCUGCAAGAGAGGGAAGCGUUGCCGCUUUAAACACCCAGACUUUAAUGAGGUGCCAGACUUGGGGGUGCAAAAGAAUGAAUUUAUCUUCUGUCAUGACCACCAGAACAAGGAGUGUGUGCGCUCCAACUGCCGCUUUGUCCAUGGAUCUAAAGAGGAUGAGGACUAUUACAAGAAAUCUGGAGAGCUACCCCUCAGACUAAGAGGGAACGUUGCAGCACGACUGGGCCUGUCCCCAAUGGAUCUUCCGCACAGCCGUGAGGAAGUCCCUAUCUGCAGAGACUUCCUGAAGGGGGAGUGCCAGAGGGGCAAUAAGUGUAAAUUUCGCCAUGUCGAAAAAGACUAUGAAUAUGAGCCUUCCAGGGUUGGAGUGGGUUGUGUUACAGGGCCUGGGACCAGUGGAAUGGUGAAUGCUGGGGGAGGGAUCGGUGGUGGAGGAGCAGGUGCCUGUGGAGGAAUGCAAGGACUUGUGGGAGGUGGGGGUGGAAGUAAUAUGAUGGGGAUGGGGAUGGGUUUUCCCAGCCUGGCUGGUUGCAGAGAUCCAGGUAUCACAGGAGUUGGGGGGGUAGGUGGCGGUGGAAUGGGCACGUGUCUGUCCAUAAGUUCUGCAGGACCACGGCGUUUUGACAGGAGCUCUUGCUCAGUGUAUGACCCUAUGCUUGAAAAUGGGAUGUUUGAUACGAGCUCCCUGGAGGCCUCCAUGGACCACAAUACUCUACAGUUGAAGAGGCGGCGGUUGGAGGGGCUGCGCCUGGCGGAUGUGAGUGGAGGUGGGCACUAUGAGCUGGGAGUUCAAGCUCCCUUGCCGCCACACCCUCUGGAGUACAGGUUCCUGGAGGAGGAGAACUCCCUGCUGAGGAGGAGAGUUGAGCAGUUGAAAAAGCAGGUUUCAAAUCUCGUUGCCACAAAUGAGGUUCUUCUGGAUCAGAACGCCCAGUUCCGAAGCCAGGCCAAGGUGAUGACACUGGCUUCCACGUCUGCCUCCAUUGAGCACAGUCUGGUGCCCCCUCUCGGUGCAAUAGGUUCCUACAAUCGUAGCAUUGCUCAAACUCACACCACCCUGAGCAGCGCUGGACUUCAACCCCGGCUCGUCAUCCAGCAAGACCUGGUAGCAUCUAGCGGCGUCCUCCCUUCAGUGCCGCAGAAUAACGCUGCACCGCCCUCAACAAAUCUGCCUCACCUCAACCCUGACAUCACCCCCCUCUCCGCCGCCCUUGUACAGACUAUUGCCCAAGGGAUGGUGGCACCGGUUUCAAUGGCACCAGUGUCUGUGUCUGUGUCUGUGGCACCGGUGUCCAUGUCGCCUCUGUCCGGCAUCACCAUGAGUCAUGCUACCACCCCGAUGGUGGCGUACCCCAUCGUGAGUCAAAGCAUGAGAAUCACCACUCUGCCUCAUUAACUGAUUAAGCGCAGGACUGUAGUACCCAGGACUAGCUUCCUGACCUGUGAUUUUUAACAUAGACGGCCUUCUUUUAUGUGUAAGCUACACUUACCUGAUGACAGAACAAUGUUAACCGAGACGUAUUAGACUCAUGUACUUCUCCACCAGGGGGCAGGAUAAAGACUACCCUCAGUGUUUUUUUGUGUGGCAACAUUACAAAGACAUCUUUCCUACAGGCUGACUGACCUGUGAACAGUUUGGUUCAAAAGGAAUCUUUUCAAACACGGGCAUCAACAAACUGAACAUAUGUGAGGUCAUCCAUAUUGUUUGAACCAUUUCUGCAACACUGCUUGUAGGGCCAUGACAAUGUUGGAAGCAGUUUGUGUUGACAUUGUCGUGCAUCACUCUGGUGUAAAUGAACUCUGAUACUUUGCACAUUUAAACAAAAAAAAAGAA